UUUCUGCUUAUCAGGAGCUUACUUAUUCUGUAUCUUCCACUAUUAAGCCACAAAUAGACAAAAAGAGACUACAAAGUAGUUGGGAGAAAAAAAUUACCAAGUUUAUGCAUUAGAUUUAUAAACCUUAAGAAUGGUGAACUAAAUAUCUGGACCAGCCUUUCUGCUGAAAAUAACCUAACAUGCAUCAAUGUUCUGGCACAGAAUAAAGAAUAUUUAGACCAAACACUAAUUAGAAAUCUAGUGAGAGAACUAUAAGAGUAAAUGGGUCCAAUAAUUGGAAUGACUCCAGAAAAGAGAGCUGAAACUCCAGGAGCUGAAAAGGUUGCAGGAUUAAGCCAGAUUUAUAAAAUGGGAAGCUUGCCUGAAGCUGUUGAUGCUGCCAGGCCAAAGGCCACUCUAAUGGACUGUGAAUCAGCAGAUGAUGAGCUUACAAACUUGAACUGGCUUCAUGAAAGUACUAAUCUUCUAACAAACUUCAGCUUUGGAAGUGAGGGUCUUCCAAUUGUUAGUCCUUUGUAUGACAUAGAGGGAGAUGAUAUGCCAUCAUUAGGACCAUCUUGCUACCAGAACCCAGAAAAAAAAUCAGCAACUUCAAAGCCCCCAUACUCUUUUAGUCUUCUCAUUUAUAUGGCUAUAGAGCAUUCUCCAAAUAAAUGUCUGCCUGUCAAAGAAAUUUAUAGCUGGAUUCUGGACCGCUUCCCAUAUUUUGCUACUGCACCAACAGGCUGGAAGAAUUCUGUUCGACAUAAUCUGUCCCUGAAUAAAUGUUUUCAGAAAGUGGAAAGAAGCCAUGGCAAGGUUAAUGGGAAAGGUUCCUUAUGGUGUGUUGAUCCAGAAUAUAAACCCAACCUUAUGCAAGCUCUGAAGAAGCAACCUUUCCCUUCAGCAUUAACAUCUCCAGAAAGUGGCUCUUUAUCACCUCACUACUUAAGCUCUGUACUCAAGCAGAAUCAGGUGCAAACCCUCAAAGAAUCUGAUAUUGAUGCUGCCACUGCAAUGAUGCUCUUAAAUACUUCUAUAGAACAAGGAAUUCUAGAAUGUGAAAAGCCUCUUUCUCUUAAAACAGCAAUGCAGAAAAAAAGGAGUUAUGGCAGUGCAUUUAAUCAUCGCAGUGCUAUGCGAUUACAAGAGAGUGAUUCUUUAGCCACCAGCAUUGAUCCAAAAGAAGACCACAAUUACAGUGCAAAUAGCAUGGCAGCACAGCGUUGCGCAUCCAGGUCUAGCGUGUCUUCUCUGUCUUCUGUGGAUGAAGUAUAUGAAUUUAUCCCAAAGAGUAGUCAUGUGGGAAGUGAUGGCAGUGAAGGAUUUCACAGUGAAGAAGAUACAGAUGUUGAUUACGAAGAUGAUCCUCUUGGAGACAGUGGCUAUGUAUCACAGCCUUGUGCAGAUAACUCUGCAAAGGGGCAGCCAGUCAAAAAGAUGCGAAAAAUGUCAUGUCAGGAAAUUGAUGAGGAGCUCAAAGAGGCAGCUGGGUCUCUACUCCACCUUGCUGGAAUUCGUACAUGUCUGGGUUCCCUAAUAAGUACUGCAAAGACACACAAUCAAAAGCAGCGGAAAAAAUAGAAAUACCUGUUAGUGUGAAAUUAUUUUAAAGUGUGGCAAUACUGUUCUACUUAAUUCUUUACAAGGGAUAUCAAAGCCAUAUGGACUUAUUUUUGUUUUCGGGGAGGGGAGGGGAGGUAUGCUAAUUGUUUAUUUCAAAGCAUUUUUGUUUGUUUUUUAAUUUUCAUUAAAUAAUUGCUAUUAGGAUCAUGCCCAACCAUAAAUAUGAUUUGAAGUCCUAAAAGCAUAAUUUUUGUGAUGUGUUUCUAAGAUUUUUGAAAUUUUUAUACAAGAAAAUCCAUAGCUUCUAUCUGAAACUUGUAGGAGAAAUCUUUUAUUCUCUUUUUGUGCCAAAAUGUAAUAAUUGGCAACUCCGUUUUCUUUUUCAGUCUGUAAUCAACUGCUGAUGUAGCUAAAAAUUUUGCUCAGUCUCUCACAUACUCCUCUCUUGACACAUGCAAUCCAGUAGGAUAAUAUUUGGAUUUUUAAUUUUAUCUUAAUUUUUGUUUUUAAUUUUUUUUGUUGAAGCAUGACAAAGUUGAAUAUAAAUUAGAAAAGACCCUAGGUACCUAGAAUAUUCCUUUUGGUUACAUAGGCAGAGAGUAAAGCAAGGAUUUAUAAGAUGUAGAAAAGGCCAUUUUAUAAUGUAAUUUCAUUUAAAAGCACUCCAAUUCUAUAAUAUCUUUGAAAUUUUUUUUACUUUCCAAAAACUUUAGCAUUUACUGAAUUAUUCUUUUCCAGAGUGCAUUGCAACCAUUGUUUAAAUAUUAGCCACUAGCUAUCUUUGUUGAGUAGAAACUAUCCAAUGAGAGGAUAUAGCCAUAGAAUGUGUUAUGGAUUAACACCCAUUUUGACACACUUGCAAUAAGAGAAUCUUUUUGUUUGCUUGUUAAAUGUAGUGCAUUCUGGAAAUCUUGUAGUACGAAUGGAGUGUAUUCUAGUGCAAAUAUUUUGAAUAUUACAUCAUUAUAAAUAAAGGUAGAUCAUUUAGGAAAGAAAAUCCGUUCAAGCUUUGUAUGACUUAAAUGUGUAUGUAUACCCAAUUAAAAAGGAUGUAACAAAACUACAGAGACAAAAUACCUUCAUGGAUCUCAAAAUUUAUAUAAAAUUAAAUCUUGCACAUUAUACCCUUUUGAGAAGGCUGCAUAAUACCUAUUAUGUGCCAUUAAUCCAUGCCUAAAGAUUUUAUAUUACAGUUCCAAAUGUGCAUUGACUAAGGCAUUUUAAGUAUUUGAACAAAUCUGCUUGUAUGAGACAUUUUUUCAUAUCAUUUGUAUAGUUUGACUAUAUUAUUCAGAAGGUAUAAGGGAUGGUAAUAAAAGUAAACUUAUUCAUUAUAUAUAUCUUUUUAGAAUGACAGAAGCAACUUUCCAACAUCUUGUUUCAUAGUGAUCUUGUUUUCAUUUUCUGAUAAUUUCAUAUAUAUAUAUGUAUAUACAUUUAUACACACACAUAGGUUUAUGAUUUUGAUUUGUUACUUUCAGCUAUUUCUAUGACUACAAAGCGUUUUUUGGAUUUUUUUUUAAGAGAUAAAUAUUUUAACUUCUAAAUUUUAUUAGGGCAAAACUGUCAUCUGUUCUGUUUCUAUGUUAAUUGUAAUUGAACCUGGAUAGCUACAUUAAUAGAAUCGGUGCUGCUGAAAUUUAGUAAUUUUUAAAUUUGCUAAUAAUGAAAAAUAGUCCUUAAGUAUGCAGGAUAAGGUAUUUGGAUUUUUCUUCAUAUAUGUCACAUCUACUACAGAAAGUGGCUAACUCAAGUUGACACUUUUUACUGUAGACAGUGAAUAUUAACACCAAAAAUUGCUUUACCACAGUAUAAAAUAGUACAGAUUAUAAAAAAUCAUUUUAGUAACAAUAUUUCUAAACCAUUUACCAUGGCCCUCUUGAUAGACUUUAGUAACAGUGUUUCAAUGACCUGAUUCCAGUUCAUUUUGUUCUACUGAAAUUCUUUUUUUAAAAAUAUGUUUUUAUUGAUUUUUAGAGAGAGAGAGUAAGGUUAAGGGAUAGAGAGAUAGAAACAUCGAUGAGAGAGAAACAUCAAUUGGCUGCCUUCUGCACACCCCAUACUGGGGUUCCAGCCCGCAAGCCAGGCAUGUGCCCUGACUGGACUCGUACCAGUGACUUACUUCAUGGGUCAGUGUUAAACCACUGAACCACACCAGCCUGGCUCUGCUGAAAUUCUGUACCAAAAAUGUUCUCUCUGGUUCCUGUCCAUUAGUAAGAUAAUUAUUCUAAGUAAAGGCUGAUGAAGGUAAGGAGGGGGGGAGUCAUUCUCAGUUCUAAUAGAGUUCUUCAUAAUUAUUUUGUCUUAAUAUGAGUAACAAUAAUUCUUUAAGCUUGAUUUUCUCUCUCUCUUCAUGUAUUCCCAGAAAUUUAAAAAUUGAAGUUAUAUUUAUCACUAGCAAGGGCAAUAAACAAUUGUGCACUAAAAACUAACAGAAAAGUUACACAAUAUUUUACACUUAAUUCUUGUACAGAAUUCAGUGCCUAACUUUCCAUUUACCAACAUAAUUAUUUUCAAAGGCAAGAACCUUUAUAAUUUUGUCCCCUGUUAUUACUUCCAUAGACAUUAUGAUCCCAUUUCUCAGGUGUAUUGAAAUAAAAACGUGGCUAAUAACCACUCAGUUAAGGAAAAUCACUUGAAUUUCUAUGAACUGGAAAUUGUAUUUAUAAAUAAUAUAUCAUCAACAACUCUUACUGUAAUAAGAGCAACAAUCCUGGAGAAGUAAAUAUUUUUCAACAUAGUUUAAAACUGAUUUAAGCUAACUUAUAAUUUGCCUUACACCAAUAUAAAUUGUUAGAACCAAUUCCAGUUUAUAAGUAGAUCCCUAGUAAAGAUUUUGCCUCAACACAAUCUUCAUCCCAAAUAUAAUCAGUGUUUCUUGAAUACUAUGUGUUUUUCAAAUUUAUUUGUGCAAUAUAUUACUAAAUUAGUUAAUAUUUUAUCUUCAAAUUCAGAAAAAGGAAACAUUACUCGUAUUCAUGGAAAAGCUAAUUAUCGGUGGAUCACCUCCUUUUUUCCACCUCAGCCUUUCCUGCUCUCCUUAUAGCCAGCAUGACUUCUCUUAACUUAGGUUUCUUUGUGUAUACUAAAGUUUAGGAUAUAUGUAUUUUUUUCUUUUGCUACUUUCUGAGACAUUAAGUAAAAAGGUUCAUACUAGAUGGUCAGUUAAACAUAAUGUUAGCAUGAAUUCAAAGAUAGAGAAAGAGUUAAAGAGGAAAUGUGUGUGUCUUGGUAGACCAGGAGGCCUUCUCCAGCCUUUCCCAGCAAUUUAAGCAACAGAUGUGAAUACUUCACAAAUCUGUAAAGACUAUAUCGUCUUAAAUACUAUAGAAACUUUAAAAACUUGUUAAGACCAUAGCAUUUAAAUAAGAACUUUGAGGCUUUCUGGUUUACAUAUAUUUUAUAGUUUUUGUUUGAAAUGUUUAAAGUUUACUUCAAUAUUUUAAUGAUGUGGUCAAAAUAUUUAUUGAAAAACAAAGUAUAUUAAUGCUAUACCUGCCAUUUUUUUUCUUAAAGCAAUCUUUUUUGCAUCUAACUGCCAGUGCCAUUGUCAAAACUUAUUUUUAAAGUGUUGUACAUUUCUCAUUAAAGUGCUUAAUUUUAAAGUAUUACAUUGCCAUCAUAUAGUGUAUAAAAAUGUAUAAUUGCCAGUUCAUUGUAACUAGUAUUUAUUUUUAAUUAAAGUGUAAGAAUGCUGUUUGAUUCAAGAAAUUUGAAUCAUACUGUUUCCUUAUCCCCUUUUCUAAUGUAGCAUAAAAAUUGCCCUGAGUUUGAGUUUUAACUGCCAGUAGAUGACCAGCCCACGUGAACCCCUUCUCAGUUGCCAAUCUUUGCUCAGAUUAAAACAACUUAACAGAUGUUUAGUUUUUGUAUCUAAUCUCUGAUUAUUAAAAUGUUUAUAAAGUUUAUUUUUAUCAAAGAAAUGCAAUUCAUUAUGACAAACUAUUGCAGAAUAAACCUUGUUUUAUAACAUU